GUGCUCACUUGUCGUAUUUGUUUUGGACAGUUUGUCUGUUUGUAUCUAGUUAUACUAAGUCUUAUGUGUUUUAUACUACGUUUAUGUGGUACCUUCUUCGUUGUACUCCGUAUUAAAUUUAACUUUUGAUAGAACUACAAAAUUUUAGAGGCUUCGAAAAGUUUUAUAAUCGUUUUAGCAGACAGCACCAUUAGCCUUCCGAGAUGUGAAACUGCGACGGCAGAACUGUUUCACCUGACAGGAAUUUUAGGAUCGUCCAUUGACAUGAAACUGAAUGAUGUCACAUGAAUCCGUAUCGCAGGAUGGUACACAUCCUGGAGAAGAGUCAUGACAACAGUGAACAUUAACAUGACCGCUGAUUGCUCAUUUUUGGUGUAACUGGAGUGGGCCAUGCUCUUUAUGAUGAGCUUGUGAACAUGUACUAGCCUGUUCUGCACCCAGCUGAUGUAUUCCUGACCAAAACGGAUCUCACAGGAUUGGGACGCCCGUGUUUUUAUGUAAUAUCCAGUGAACGCGACCAUGGAUAAAGCGCCAAACACUUACCAAAGUAUGGACCCGAAACCACCAGUGUUCGAUUAUCCAUCGGGGCCGUCGUCGGGCUCACUCUUACAGCCUGAUGCUGCAGGAGGUGGUAUAGCUUUCUCAGUGCCUGCCGAGAAUCACAGAUCUUCCAGAUUUCAUCAUAUUGCCGAUUUGGACCGAUUUUUUAGCCGCGUUUAUCGCUAUCAUCAGCGCAAUGGCUAUUUCUGUAUGUUGCUACAGGAGAGUCUGGAGCUGAUUCAGCUGGCCUAUGUUGUGAUAUUCUCUACCUUUCUCUUGGAGUGUGUAGAAUUUGAAGUGCUCUUUGCCGACCGUCUGCCGAGUUCCUGGUUUAACAGCUCCAAACAGCUAAUUCACAAUUGUACAGUAUCGGAAAGUGGUGUGGUUGGCGGAUGUAAAGUGAAAUUCGCCGAUGCAGUGCUAUCCACGGAGCAGUGCCUAAAAAAUUUUAGUACGGGGAUUAUUGUUCUCAUAAUUGUUGCGGCAAUCUUCUGGUUCGCCCGAUUUGUUAAAGUGCUUAGCCAUGUGUUCAGCUAUGCCGAAACCAGGCGAUUCUACAGAAAUGCCUUGAAAAUCGAGGAUACUGAUCUCGCCAAUCUCACUUGGCACGAGGUUUUGCAGCGCUUACUUCAUGCGCAAAAGAUCCAUCAUAUGUGCAUCCAUAAACCGGAAUUAACGGAAUUAGAUGUGUACCACCGAAUUUUGCGAGUGGAAAACUAUCUGGUGGCUAUGAUUAACAAGAAUGUGAUUCCCGUUAGCUUUCGUGUUCCUUUUCUUGGAGAUGUGACGAUUUUCACGAAGAUCUACUUGAAGAACUUGGACUACAUUCUCUUCUGCCCAUAUGGUCUGGGUGCUCCGCUGGAGCAGAACUGGCAGCUGCGCGAAGAAUACAAACUCUACGGACGGCGAUUAGACGUAGCGGAGAAACUCCGAAAACGGAUUGAAUACAUAGCGUUGUUUAAUUUUGUCUGCAGUCCAUUUGUUCUGUUUUGGCGUAUAUUGUAUGCCUUCUUCGAUUAUGCGGACAUCGUCAAACGGGAUCCCGGAGCAUUGGGGGCUCGACGAUGGUCGUAUUAUGGACGAUACUUUCUGAGACAUUUCAACGAGGUCGAUCACGAGCUGGAUGCACGAUUGCGUCGGGCAUACAAACCCGCCACACAGUACAUGAAUAUUUUUACCUCACCGGCCUUGGUGAUUCUGGCCAAAAACAUGACGUUUAUAUUUGGAUCGCUGUUGGCGGUUUUGGUGAUUUGUGCUGUCAUUGACGAGGAUUUUCUCAAAGUAUCACAUGUGCUGACCAUCAUCACAGUUUUAGGUGUGACGGUUACUAUAUGCCGAGCGUGUAUUCCCGAUGAGAAUGCUGUCUUCAAUCCGGACGUUCUCCUGUCUGAAAUCGUCAGUGAAACUCACUACGCGCCAGAAACCUGGAAAGGUCGUGCUCACACCACCGACGUCCGCCACGACUUUUCCCAACUGUUCCAAUACCGUUUCGUUCACAUCUGCGAGGAACUUCUCAGUCCCAUUAUCACACCCUUUAUCUUAUUUUUCGCUCUGCGCAACCGUUGUCUGACUAUUGUGGAUUUCUUUCGCAACUUCACCGUGGAGUUGGUCGGUGUGGGCGAUGUGUGUUCCUUUGCGGAGAUGGACAUUCGCAAGCACGGUGACCCCGCCUGGGAGCCGGAUGACACCAUGCACGAAGAUCGUAUUGUAGACGGUGAGGAGUUUAAAGCGGAUUAUGGUAAAACGGAAUUGUCGCUCAUCCAUUUCAAACUGACCAAUCCGGAAUGGAAACCCACGAUGGAAGCGAUGUGGUUCAUGCAGAAGCUGCGGGAGCAGGUGGAGAAGGGUGUGCAGGAGUUGGCCCAGCCCAAUACGAACGUGGAGAAUAACUCGGUGUUGGCAUCGCUCAGCGCCUUGGGACCGCGUGUGCAGGGCAUCGUUGCGGCAUCGGUGCUGCGCGGCGGACCGGAAAUUUCUCGAGGUGGCGUGAACAGCCAGGAAGGAUCAUUGUCGGGUUCCGGGAAUGCCGGUCUACUGAACAGCGUGAUGGGCAGCGCCGGCGUCGCCACGCCACCCGCUGUCAGCGGAAUGGGCAGUGCGGCAUUGUCCCCGUUGGAGUUGACCACGGCGGAUAUGAGUUUUAGUGCGCUCUUCCUUCAUGAAAUCCAUCGGAAUCGGGUGAAAUCCCGAUUGGGGCAGUAUGGACGGAUUGGUGAAGAGGAAGAGCCCGAAGAUGCGUCCACGCGACCGGCUGGGUCCAGUUCCGCACGCAGUAGUGUGAGAAUGUAUGAUGAGGAAGAGGAGGGAAUGCCGUUGCUGAACUUGAAGAAAUAGUGAUCUACAGCUGUUCCUCCCUGUUUGGAGUGUUGGACUUUUCUAGUCUUACUAAAUUUGGGUUACUUAUCGAUUCUGGCUUUUGGUGGUUGUUGUACUACCUUCCGUUUUAUGACAUUUUCGUGUGCUUUUAAUUUUUGUUUGGACAGGACGGAAUCCGCAUUUUGUUGGUCAGGAUACUACUUUGGUGGGUUUUUAAUGGUUUACCUUUUAGUUGUGGUUGGAAGUCCGUUUAAUAACUCUGGGUGUACGUGUACAAACAAAUGAACAAUAUACGAAUUCGUUUGGA